UCCAACAACGCAUCACCUCAGCGCUCGCUUGAACCCACACGACACAGCACUUCCAUCCAACCUGCAGAGGAGGCAGCAUGGCAGCCUUGGCGAUCAGGGCGGCCUUCGCUGCGGUCGCCACCUCCUUAGCCGUCUACUGGCUCCUCAAUUCGUCAUUCCUGCAGACGCCGAACAUCGCGCUGAGCCUGCCGGCAGCAGCAGCCGCCUUCGUCGUCGUCGCCAUCGCGGCGAGCGGGCCCGGUCACCGCAGUGACGGCACGCCGCCCGGGCCGGCGGCCCUGCCUGUGUUGGGCAACUGGCUGCAGGUGGGCAACGACCUGAACCACCGGUUCCUGGCCCGUCUCUCGGCGCGCUACGGCCCCGUGUUCCGGCUCCGGCUCGGUGUGCGCAACCUGGUGGUGGUGUCCGACCCGCGGCUGGCCACGGAGGUGCUCCACACGCAGGGCGUGGAGUUCGGUUCCAGGCCCCGCAACGUGGUGUUCGACAUCUUCACGGCCAACGGCGCCGACAUGGUGUUUACCGAGUACGGCGACCACUGGCGCCGCAUGCGCCGGGUCAUGACGCUGCCUUUCUUCACUGCGCGCGUCGUGCAGCAGUACAGGGCCAUGUGGGAGGCCGAGAUGGAUGCCGUCGUGUCCGACCUGCGCGCCGACCCCGUGGCGCGUGUGGCCGGCGUCGUGGUGCGGCGCAGGCUGCAGCUCAUGCUCUACAACAUCAUGUACGGGAUGAUGUUCGACGCGCGGUUUGAGUCCGUGGACGACCCAUUGUUCGUGCAGGCCACACGGUUCAACUCCGAGCGCAGCCGCCUCGCGCAGAGCUUCGACUACAACUACGGCGACUUCAUCCCCAUCCUCAGGCCUUUCCUGCGUGGCUACCUCAACAAAUGCAGGGACCUGCAGAGCAGGAGACUCGCCUUCUUCAACAACAACUACGUAGAGAAAAGAAGGAAGGUGAUGGAUAGUCCAGGAGACAAGGACAAGCUCCGAUGCGCGAUCGACCACAUCCUCGCAGCCGAGAAGAACGGCGAGAUCACGGCGGAGAACGUGAUCUACAUCGUCGAGAACAUCAACGUGGCAGCCAUCGAGACGACGCUGUGGUCCAUCGAGUGGGCGCUGGCCGAGGUCGUGAACCACCCGGCCGUGCAAACCAAAGUCCGGGGCGAGAUCAAGGACGUGCUCGGGGACGACGAGCCCAUCACCGAGUCCAACAUCCAACAGCUCCCUUACCUGCAGGCCGUGAUCAAGGAGACGCUGCGGCUGCACUCCCCGAUCCCGCUGCUCGUCCCGCACAUGAACCUGGAGGAGGCCAAGCUGGGCGGGUACACCAUCCCCAGGGGCUCCAAGGUGGUCGUCAACGCCUGGUGGCUGGCCAACAACCCGGAGCUGUGGGAGAAGCCGGAGGAGUUCAGGCCCGAGAGGUUCUUGGACGAGGACAGCGGCGUGGACGCGGCCACCAUCGGGGGUAAGGCGGACUUCAGGUUCCUGCCGUUUGGCGUGGGCCGUCGCAGCUGCCCCGGCAUCAUCCUGGCCAUGCCCAUCCUCGCGCUCAUCGUCGGGAAGCUCGUGAGGAGCUUCCAGAUGCUGCCCCCGCCGGGCGUCGACAAGCUCGACGUCAGCGAGAAAGGUGGGCAGUUUAGCCUGCACAUUGCCAACCACUCCGUCGUUGCCUUCCACCCCAUCGACUCUGCAUGAAUGUGGGAUUCAGAGACUACUCCGUACAGUUAAUUUCGUUUUGUUUUACAGGUUAUACAGUAAACAAAGUAGUACUACGGUAUGUUGGUUGGAUUAAGGCCAGUUCUAUUUUAUCGUUUCCAGCUUUCAGAAAUGUAUCUAUGAAAUCCAAAUCAUUCAGACUGAAACUGGAAAACAAACGUGUUCCUUUUAAACAGCCCUGUUUGAUUUAAGAAUUUUGGUUGUUUCCAAACAAAGCUGGCCUUAAUUU